UAACGAAGUAGCGUGCGCAGCGGUCGGCUUUACUUUGCCUUGCACUUAUGAGUGUGUGUGUUUGUAUAUAUAUAUUUAUAUGUGUGCGUUUGCUACUGGCCUGAGCAGCAGCAGCAGCAGCUGAUGUGGAACAUGGCGCACAAAUUGGCUGGCCAAUAAAUUAACAUAGGAGCUGAACAAGGCAAACCGAAAGUGUCACGACCAACGUCGAGGAGCAGCAGCAGCAGCAGCAACAAGUAGAACUUGAUAAACGUGUCGAUAGACAAUCGAAACAGAAUAUAAAUUGCAAGUGAAAUUUUUUGGAAAUAAAAGUAAAACCACAAGCAAACCGGAAACUAGCUAACAAGAAGAAGAAGCAGCAGCAGUGGAAGAAGUGGAAGCUGUAGGAACAACUUCCACUAACAUGUAUCGUCCAAAUUUCUACGAGUCAACCUGCCUGCGCUGCAGCGAGACCGUCUAUCAGGUGGAUCGUGUGGGUCCGCUCAAGGAUUUCACAUUCUUUCAUUCCGGUUGCUUCAAGUGCGUUCACUGCGGCACCAAACUAACGCUCAAAACGUAUUUCAACAACCAGCACAAGCAGGAUGACAAAGAGGUCUAUUGCAGUUCACAUGUACCAAAGAGCGGACCCGGUCAUCUCGAUCAAACGUCUGUGGGCAUACGUCAAGCCUUGAAUGCGCCGCGCACAAACAAAUUUGUGAACGAACAAAUACGCGGCACACGCACCGAAGUCGAUGGUGGCAGCGCAGGUGGGCUGGGCUCGCGUCAAUCAACGCCCAACGGCUACGGCGGCAGGGGGGAGUUGAGCUCCCCCUCUCAAAAUGACUCCGACUACAAAUAUGGACGCUUCGAUGCCAGCGCUUUGCAUAUAGCCCAUGCGCUCAAGCAAACUGAAAUACAAAAGGCCUACAACAAGGCGCGCGAGAAGCCCAUCGAUUUUUACCUGGCUCGCGAGGAGCAGGCGCAUCUGGAGAUGAAGCAUCGCAAGGAGGAGGACGAUCUGUACCGGAAGUUCGCACGCAAGCGCGAGGAGGAGGAUCGCAAGAUACAGAACGAAUUCCAGGACGAAUGGGAACGCGAACUGCAACGCCUGACGCACAAGUUCGAAAAGGAGCUGGCCACCUCGCGGCGCAAUCGCGAUGAGGCCAACAUCCUGACGCUACGCCACGAGCAGCAGAAGGAGGAUCUGGAGAAGAACAUGACGCUGCGUCGCAGCAAGAAGAAGGAGAGCAUCACGCGCAAGAUGCUGGAGCACGAGCGCUACGAAACGGCCGCCUUGGUGGAUCGCCAGUCGAGCGAGAUGCUGGAGCUGAUUAGCGCACGUCGCUCCGAGUACAUGCAAAGCGAGAGCAUCUUCCUGGACGACGAGUUCAGCGAGGGCGCCGUGCCCAUUGAGUAUCCACUGAAUGCUCCGGUGCCAGCGCCGCCAGCUGUCAGCAAAUUUCAAAUCUACACGGAUCCCAUUGAGUUCGAGGACGUGGAUCGCAUUGCCAUUUCGGUGGCGCAGGAGGAUCAGAAGACCUUCACGGAUCUGGUGCGCCAGCUCGUCGGCCGCUGCACCACGGACAUUGAGAAGGCGCGCACGAUCUUCCGCUGGAUCACGGUCAAGAACCUGAAUGCCAUGCACUUCGACGACGACCUCAGAGGCGACACCCCGAUGGGUCUGCUGCGCGGCAUCAAAUACGGCACCGAGAGCUACCACGUGCUCUUCAAGCGCCUCUGCAGCUAUGCUGGCCUCCACUGUGUGGUCAUCAAGGGCUACUCGAAGAGCGCCGGCUAUCAGCCGGGCGUCAAGUUCCAGGACUCGCGUUUUCGCAACUCCUGGAACGCCGUCUACGUGGCCGGCGCCUGGCGUUUCGUCCAGUGCAAUUGGGGUGCACGUCAUCUGGUCAAUGCCAAGGAGGCGCCCAAGCAGGGGCGUGGCAAGAAUGAUAGCCUGCGCUAUGAGUACGACGAUCAUUACUUCCUCACGGAUCCGCGAGAGUUCAUCUACGAGUUCUAUCCGCUGCAGGAGGAGUGGCAACUGCUGAAGCGACCCAUAACAUUGCGCGAAUUCGAGAAUCUUCCGUUCGUCCGCUCGCUCUUCUUUCGCUAUGGCCUGCACUUCGCCGACGAGGGCUACGGCGCCGUUGUCUUUACGGAUGACACGGGCGCCGCAACCGUGCGAAUCGCGAUGCCCACGGACAUGCAGAGCUGCUUGAUCUUCCACUACAACCUGAAGUUCUAUGACAGCGACGAGGAGCUCUCCUACGAUGGCGUCUCGCUGAAGCGCUUCGUCAUGCAGUCCGUCAUUGGCAACAUUGUGGCGUUCCGAGUGCAUGCGCCCUGCUCGGGCGCCUUUCUCUUGGACAUCUUUGCCAACGCAGUGACGCCGCAGGAGUAUCUGACGGGCGAGCCCAUGAAAUUCAAGUCUGUCUGCAAGUUCAAGAUCUGCUGCGAGGAGCUGCAGACGGUAAUGGUGCCGCUGCCGGACUGCGCCAGCGGCGAAUGGGGACCCACCAAGGCGACGCGUCUCUUUGGCCUAAUACCCAUUACCCAUCAGGAUCCGCUCAUCUUCGCUGGUCGCAGCCUGGAUCUGCAGUUUCGCAUGUCCCGUCCGCUAACCGAUUUCAUGGCCACGCUGCACAAGAACGGCAUCGAGGAGAAGAAGCUGGCCAAGUAUGUGACGCACAGCACGCUGGAUGACAUCGUCACCUUCAUUAUUAACUUUCCCGAGGAGGGUCAGUAUGGUCUGGACAUCUACACACGCGAGCUGGGCGCACCGCAGCAUCAUUACAACAACAACAACAAUAGCAGCAACAACAAUAACAACUCCUCAUCAGGCGAGAAGCAUCUGCUCACGCACUGCUGUAAAUAUUUGAUAAACUCCUCCAAAAGGAAUUGAAACGACAAAUGCAAUAUUAAAUCAUAGUCUAAACAUUAAGCAUUAACUAAACUGAACAACUUGAUAUAAGAUAUAUCAAAAUAGUUACGAGGGUAGACUGAACAGCUUGUGGAGCGAGUGAGGACAUGAAGUUAGUAAGCUAGAUUUUGUUAGCUCACAAACUGCUUAGACUACCCUCGUGCUAGGCACGUAUAUAUACGUCUCUUUUGCACCACUGUGCAGGUGCUAUAAUAAAACCAAUCAUCCACAUGCUAUAUAUAUAUAUAUAUAUCUUGUAUAUCCCGCUCAACAAUUGUUAAUCCACACUUGGCUUCAUCGUUUAGAUAUAUUUCAUAUAUAUAUAUAUAUAUCGUAACAAAUUGAAUCGAAUUGAAAACAUGUAAAUACUCUAGACUCUAAUCAUUAGA